UGUAUGGAGGGAGCCAGGUGUGAACAACUGGCUGCUGCUUCAGGACGUCAUUAUUCUCUACUACACCACCGCCAUGGCUCGUCUUCUGCUGCUGGUUGCUGCUCUCUUUGUUUUGACCGGGGUUGUGAGUGCUAACGGUCACGGCCAGGGGCAGCCUGCCACCUUCAACUGUCAAGAGGACGGCUACUUCGCGGACACGGGCCGCAAGUGUGUCGUCUACUACCGCUGUGCCAACGGUGACCUGACCGCGUUUGGCUGCGACAAGGGGUUCCUCUUCGACCAGGGCAAGAGUAGGUGCCUCCCCUCCGCCACCGUCUCCUGCUAGUGAGGUUCCUCCUCCACAAGAGGCCCAGCUCUGACUCCUCUUACUGUCUCCUGCAACGAUAAUGGGGCUCUAUAUUGCCUCUUUAUCCCGGGUUGUGUUAGAGCUCUGUGUGAUGCAGACUGAUGCUCUAUGUCACUCUUGUAGUCUCUUUCCUGGUUCUGACUCUUGAAGAGAAGAGCUCCCCCCCUCUCACACACACACACACACACACACACACACACACACACACACACACACACACACACACACACACACACACACACACACACA